AUGUCUCUUAAACUCAUCAUCGUAUCCAUCAUCAAUCGAGUAGUACAUACACACACUACUGUACAAUGUUACGAUUUUGUUGUCAAAGAUAACAAAAGCCAAAACGUACGACGAAAUCAACCUACAAGUGAUGGAACCGUGGGAAAAACUUGCAUGUUAAUGUCAUUUACAAGUAACACAUUUCCUGAAGAAUAUGUUCCUACAGUUUUUGAUAACUAUACAUCGAAUAUUGUUGUUGACAACGUUAAAGUUUCCUUGGGUCUAUGGGAUACAGCUGGUCAAGAAGAUUAUGAUCGACUUCGACCAUUAUCGUAUCCUCAGACGGAUGUGUUUGUGCUUUGUUUCAGUGUUAUAAGUCCCACGUCAUACACUAAUAUAACGAAUAAGUGGAUGCCAGAAAUUCGACAUCAUUGUCCAGAUACGCCCGUUAUUCUAUGUGGAACGAAAAUUGAUCUACGCGAAGAUCGAGAUUUCGUGAAUCAGUUGCAAAAGCAAAAUCUUCAACCAAUUAAACGCGAACAGGGACAACGUCUAUGUAAAAAAACUCGUGCUUUUAAAUAUGUCGAAUGUUCAGCUUUGACUCAGAAAGGUCUCAAACAGGUCUUCGACGAUGCUGUUCGAAGUGUUUUAUCACCUAAAACGAAUAAAGCAUCUAAACCUUCAUGUGUUUUUCUUUGA